AGGGGGGAACUCUGUGGUCAGGGAGCCGCUCGCUGAGCACAGCUGCGCAGUGCUGGUCGCGCGUCCGAUACCCAGCUCGCCGCCCUCAGCUCCUGCCCAAGAUGAUUCCAGCAGUGCUCUUGAUCUUCCUCCUCUCGGUGGAACAAGCAGCCGCCCUCGGAGAGCCUCAGCUCUGCUAUAUCUUGGACGCCAUCUUGUUCUUGUAUGGUAUUGUCCUCACCCUGCUCUACUGUCGACUCAAGAUCCAGGUGCGAAAGGCAGCAGUAGCCAGCUAUGAGAAAUCAGAUGGCAUUUACACGGGCCUGAGCACCCGGAACCAGGAGACUUAUGAGACCUUGAAGCACGAGAAACCACCCCAGUAACUCUAGGACAGAUGCCCUUGGCCGCACCCUUCUGCGCCUCUUCUCCUCCCAGCCCCCACGGUCGGCGUCACGCAUGCGUCCCGUUAAUGCCAGCUGACUCUACCUCUGCAAUGACUCUGUGCCCCCCAUUAAUGGGCACCAGUGAUUGUUCCUCCUUGUCGGAGACCUGUGCUCAGAUGCUAGUCAGUAAUGUUUAUAUUCUAGUCUCCCCUCCUUGCCCACCCUUCUCUUUCCCAUCUCCAACUCUCACUUAACAAUGACCAGAGGGGACCCCCAAUAAAGCCUCCACAGACUGGGCUCCAUUCGUUCA